CACUUUUUCCCGCUGCUGCUCACACAUACAGACGCGCAACGCUCUCGCUUGUCCAAAAUAAUUUGGAAAACUCAAUAAUUUAUAAUUUUACCAUAGAAAUUAAACGAGCGACAUUGUUAAUAUGUCGAAAACAGAUGCCGCCACUGUGGAAACCAACGAGGAGAACUCGAAUGAGACCACCUCGGAGGCGGCAACCAGCUCUUCGGGCGAAAAGGAGGCUGAGUUUGACAAUAAAAUCGAGGUUGAUCGCAGCAGACGCUUCGAUUAUCUGCUAAAGCAAACGGAGAUUUUUACCCAUUUUAUGACAAACAGUGCAAAAAGUCCCACCAAGCCCAAGGGCCGACCCAAGAAAAACAAGGACAAAGACAAGGAUAAGGAUGUGGCCGACCAUCGACAUCGCAAAACAGAGCAAGAGGAGGAUGAAGAGCUGCUCGCCGAGGAUUCGGCAACCAAGGAAUUAUUUCGUUUCGAUGCUUCGCCCGCAUAUAUCAAAGGUGGCGAAAUGCGUGACUACCAGGUACGUGGCCUAAACUGGAUGAUAUCGCUCUACGAGAAUGGCAUCAACGGCAUCCUGGCCGAUGAAAUGGGUCUGGGCAAAACGCUGCAGACCAUCUCGCUGCUUGGCUAUCUCAAGCAUUUCAAAAACCAAGCCGGACCGCACAUUGUAAUUGUGCCCAAGUCGACGCUACAGAAUUGGGUAAAUGAGUUUAAGAAGUGGUGCCCAUCGCUGCACGCCGUCUGUCUAAUUGGUGACCAGGAUACGAGAAACACCUUCAUACGCGACGUUCUCCUGCCGGGCGAUUGGGAUGUUUGCGUUACCUCAUACGAGAUGUGCAUACGCGAGAAGUCUGUAUUCAAGAAGUUCAAUUGGCGUUACAUGGUUAUCGAUGAGGCGCAUCGGAUCAAGAACGAAAAGUCGAAGCUCUCAGAAAUUCUGCGCGAGUUUAAAACGGCCAAUCGUCUGCUUAUUACGGGCACCCCACUGCAAAACAAUUUGCAUGAGUUGUGGGCGCUGCUCAAUUUCCUCUUACCGGACGUGUUUAACUCCUCGGAGGACUUUGACGAGUGGUUCAAUACAAAUACCUGCCUGGGUGAUGAUGCUCUGGUCACUCGCCUGCACGCUGUGCUCAAGCCUUUCCUAUUGCGUCGUCUUAAGGCGGAGGUGGAGAAGCGCUUAAAGCCCAAGAAGGAACUGAAAAUUUUCGUUGGUCUGUCGAAAAUGCAGCGGGACUGGUAUACCAAGGUGCUAUUGAAGGACAUUGACAUCGUUAACGGUGCUGGUAAAGUGGAGAAAAUGCGACUUCAGAACAUCUUGAUGCAGCUUCGCAAAUGCACCAAUCAUCCGUAUUUAUUCGAUGGCGCCGAGCCGGGACCACCAUACACUACAGACACGCAUCUCGUCUAUAACUCUGGCAAAAUGGCCAUCCUGGACAAGUUGUUGCCAAAACUGCAGGAGCAAGGUUCGCGUGUGCUGAUCUUCUCGCAGAUGACACGCAUGUUGGAUAUUCUGGAGGAUUAUUGUCACUGGCGUAACUAUAAUUAUUGCCGCUUGGAUGGCCAGACGCCGCACGAGGAUCGUAAUCGUCAGAUCCAGGAGUACAACAUGGAGAACAGUACUAAAUUUAUAUUUAUGUUGUCAACUCGUGCUGGCGGCUUGGGCAUCAAUCUGGCCACCGCUGAUGUGGUCAUCAUCUAUGAUUCGGACUGGAAUCCGCAGAUGGAUCUACAGGCCAUGGAUCGUGCACAUCGUAUUGGCCAGAAGAAGCAGGUACGCGUGUUCCGCCUGAUUACCGAGAGCACCGUUGAGGAGAAGAUUGUGGAGCGAGCUGAGGUGAAGCUGCGACUGGACAAAAUGGUUAUUCAAGGCGGUCGUCUCGUGGAUAAUCGUGCCCAGCUCAAUAAGGACGAGAUGCUGAACAUCAUUCGCUUUGGUGCCAACCAGGUAUUCAGCUCCAAAGAGACUGACAUCACUGACGAAGAUAUCGAUGUCAUACUGGAGCGCGGAGAGGCCAAAACAGCAGAACAGAAGGCUCAACUAGAUAGCUUGGGUGAGAGCUCGUUGCGCACCUUUACCAUGGACACAAACGGCGAGGCGGGCACCUCCUCUGUGUAUCAGUUUGAGGGCGAGGAUUGGCGUGAGAAACAAAAGCUGAACGCGUUGGGCAACUGGAUUGAGCCGCCCAAGCGCGAGCGAAAGGCUAACUAUGCUGUGGAUGCCUAUUUCCGUGAGGCAUUGCGAGUCUCUGAGCCAAAGGCGCCUAAGGCACCGCGUCCGCCCAAGCAGCCAAUUGUACAGGACUUUCAAUUCUUUCCACCGCGUCUGUUUGAGCUGCUAGACCAGGAGAUCUAUUAUUUCCGAAAGACUGUUGGCUAUAAGGUGCCCAAGAACACGGAGCUUGGCUCGGAGGCUACCAAAGUGCAGCGCGAGGAGCAGCGCAAAAUUGACGAGGCUGAGCCGCUCACCGAAGAAGAGAUUCAGGAGAAGGAAAAUCUGCUGUCGCAGGGCUUCACAGCCUGGACAAAACGUGACUUUAACCAGUUCAUCAAGGCGAACGAGAAAUACGGUCGUGACGACAUCGAGAACAUUGCCAAGGAUGUGGAGGGCAAGACGCCCGAGGAGGUCAUCGAGUACAAUGCUGUGUUCUGGGAGCGCUGCACCGAACUGCAAGAUAUUGAGCGAAUUAUGGGACAAAUUGAGCGUGGCGAAGGCAAAAUUCAGCGACGCCUGUCAAUUAAAAAAGCUCUCGAUCAGAAGAUGUCUCGCUAUCGCGCGCCGUUCCAUCAGCUGCGAUUGCAGUAUGGCAACAACAAGGGCAAAAACUACACAGAAAUUGAGGAUCGUUUUUUGGUUUGCAUGCUGCACAAGCUGGGCUUUGACAAGGAGAACGUUUACGAGGAGCUGCGUGCGGCCAUAAGAGCGUCACCCCAGUUUCGCUUUGACUGGUUUAUUAAAUCUCGCACCGCGCUGGAGCUGCAACGACGCUGUAAUACGCUGAUAACGCUUAUUGAACGCGAGAAUCUUGAGCUGGAGGAAAAGGAGCGUGCCGAGAAGAAAAAGAAAACGCCCAAAACACCGGGCGGCAGCAGCACAAACACACCAGCGCCGCCGCCGCAGCCGAAGGCGAAUCAGAAGCGCAAAAAUGAGGUGGUUGCAACCAGCUCCAAUGCUAAAAAGAAGAAGAAGUAAAUGCAUCUUAUAUGACGUCACGGUUGAAGACUCAGUUGAUAAUAUAAUAAUUAUAAUAAUGAUAACAAUAAUUAAACAAAAACGAUUCAAAUGAGAUUCAGCUCCGCACAGCAUUAGUUUGUAGUGAACACGCCCACAUAAAUGCACUCACGUUUGUAGCUUCUUAGUUCAUCCAGUUUUCACACAAACACAAAUUGAUUAAUUUUAUUACAUACUUAAUAAUUACUAUACUUAUAUAUGCGCGCCGCUGUAUUCUAUUCCACUUAAUUGUAUUUCGUUAUAAGUUUCCAAUUAUUUGUACUUUAUGUUAAUGGAAAAUAUUGCUACAGACCGAAA